ACCAACGGCAGUCUCCGAGGAAAAGAAGCGAGAGCGGCUUCAAGGGAAAUUAGUGUCAGCUCGGUUGUUGCCGCGAGAAGUAGAGAAACCACCCCGAUUAUUAUUUUCUCGGUGGUGAAACAUCGAGGUGUGCACAUGGUCGAGGUGCAACAGUUGCGCGAUCCCUUGCAGGGGGAACCGGACUGCAACCCUUACCCAACGACCACCAACCCCUCGCCCCUGAUCGCUGGCUUUGCUAGCUUCAGGCUUUCCUCGGGAAGAUGCAGGAACAGAUUCAAUCGGAAGCUGAUGGGUGACGGUUCGAUAGUGGUGCGCGAAAAAGUAAGCAAAGACAAAGUUGCAAAGAAAACGAAGCUGAAAACGAUCAAGCAGAGAACCGUGGUGCCACACAUGAGCAAAGGCUCAUUUGCCGGUAAAGUUUGGGAGACUUUUGCCGCUGUGAGAAAGACACGCGAACCGAACAAAAUUAUAGAAACAGCUUUGAUCGUUGGUUUGGAUCGUCUAAAUGUAUCAACGUGUUGUGAAAACGUGAACGAUAGUGUAUUCUACGAUGGGACUGAUUCUUCGAGCAAGCCUGACGACACCGAUUUGAAGGAAAUUACUGGUGUAGAGGAAGAGACAGGUUUGUUUCAACAGUUCUCGUUUUGUCUUUCGCGUCUGCCAAAUAAAUGUAUCGGAUAAAUGUGAAAAACGAAAAAUCAGAAAUCAACUGAGAAGAUCAAUAUAAAAUCGAAAAUCAAAUUUGAAGUAUUUCUUCGAAUCUUGUAACUACUUCUAUAUGAUUUGCGAUAUUUUUGAAGGGAUUUAAUUUGUUUGGUUACUUAUCGAUCUUUGCAAAUUUUCAUAAAAUUGGAUACGUUCUAAAAGUUUUGAUCUGUACGGCUAAUGGUAAACUCUGAUCGAUCAAAUUUUUAUUAGUAACAUUGAAAGUUGUGAACUUUCGGAAGGGAAUGUUUCUCUGACGCGUAGGAACGUUUCGGUGGAGUCGUAGAAGUUAAAAACAGGAAUUGCGAAGCUUUAACAAGCUACUCAGUAGAAAUUCUUGCCGCGUGUUGCUCGUCAGAUACGUUCAUAAAUUUUCACUGCGUCUAUAAAACCAAUAUUGAAGAUGAUAUGGGCGGCGAUUUUGUCGUCAUCUUUGGCUUUUCUCCGGCAGAUAUCUCAUGAACGGGAACCUUGCGGCUAUACAAAUACUACGUGUCUAGACAAAAUUAGACCAGAAUGUACUGGAAAUCGCACGCAGUCAUGUAGACGGAUUGUUUAUUUUUUGCAUCUAUACAUGCUUCUUCAUGAUUUCAUUAAAGAAAAACAUGGAUUUCUUCCUCGUAAAGAAGCAUUUCAACCUUUGAAUUCAUUAAUAUAAAUUUCAUCGUUCUGUAUUGAGUAUAUACAAACAUAAUUACCAUGAUCAUACUGUGAUGCAAAUUAUAAGUAUUCACGUAGUUAAGGAUGAACUUUGGAAUAUUACAGAAAAGUAUUUUAAGCUUAUAUGAAGAUACGAGUGUUUUGGUCCUGUAUUAAAUACAAUACAUUGAUAAUUUUUAUGAUGAAAUAUCUAAAAUAGUUCGAAGCAAAUAUCAAGGUGUAACCGUGACUUGUAUAUAAAAUGCAGAGUACAGAACAGAGGUCAUAUAUUUAAGUAUUGGUUUUGCAAAAUUGGUUAAUUCUGUAUGGUAAAGACAUUUUCUUUCUUUUCCCUAUCUCAUGUUCAAAUGGCAACAUAUGAUAUAUUAUUAAUAUAAUAAUUAAAUAAUUUGCAUGCAAAAACAGAUUUUAAAGAUUUCUAAGGUAUGAAAAAUUGUUU